CCCACCCGCAUCAUGUGAAAACCCUCUUCAUGAAUAGUGUUUUCAAUAACCUAGCCCAUCACUACCGAGCCCGACUGCACAAUGGUAUGUCAUCUUCAUUUGCACCUCUCGAAUACUUAUCAAGCAAGCAGGUAAGCAAGCAAGCUAACCAAAAUACCAAAUCAGGUACAUGCCGAUGCAUCAACCUUCAAAGCUAACAUAAGUAAAGAGGAAGCUUAUGCGCAGGUAUUAGAAGAAGCGAGGGGAUUAUUUGAUGGACAGAGAAAUUGGGUAUGUUUUUUCGGUUCUUUUCUUGCCUAGUUUAUUGAGAUUGAGAUGAGUAAAUGAGUAUACAUACUGAUGAAGUUUAGGUGUGGUAAAUAUCCCAGGUUCUCUUGUUGUUGUAUCAAGUGAUAUGAUGUGGAAUGAAGAGUGUUAGUACCAAGGAUCGUGAGUAACGUAAAGAAAAUAGUAAUUUAUCAAAUACAGCCUCAUUACUAUGGCACGCAUAUAAGUCACUUCCGUCACCGUCAUCGGAAGUAAACUGGGCUGGUUCGUUUCCUUUCCUCUUUCUUUAACCAGUCAACUCACCUCCCCAGGUUUCUACACCCUAGACCCGUCGUCCACCAAACCCUCUCUAAUCCUCGGACCCUUCCAAGGAAAAGUCGCUUGUCAAACUAUCGCCUUUUCUCGAGGUGUAUGCGGAACUGCUGCUUCUACUCAGACUACACAGCUUGUUCCCGAUGUUGAGAAAUUUCCGGGUCAUAUUGCAUGUGAUGCAGCUAGCCAGAGUGAGAUUGUCGUGCCGAUUAUCAUAGAUGGGAUUGUGAGGGCGAUUAUUGAUGUUGAUUGUGGGGUUAAGGAGGGGUUUGAUGAGGUGGAUCGGAAGUGGUUGGAGGAACUGGCGGGGGUUUUGGCGACGGGGUGUGAUUGGUAGUUUGUAUGGGAAAGUAGAGGAUUUGUGUGGAGGUUAUGUUAUGGUGUGCAUCGGUGGAGUUUGUAUUCGUCCAUGCUGUAUGUGUGAUGAUGCUAUGCAUGCCAUCAUUGUGCGGUAUAUAGAUAUAGAAAUAGAUAUAGAUAGAACAAAUGUGGAGCACUUGCUUCAACGUAUCAAUUCACUUGUAAAGCAUAAUUCUUCA